AUUAUUUUUUGUCAUUUGGAUAAAUAAAGUAAACAUGGCGGACAAAGAUGAGGCACUGAGAGAAGCUGUUUGCAUAGGUAACAUGGAGUCUGCAAGAAAACUGAUCAAGAUGGGAGCUUCUGUCAACUCUCAAAACAUAGUUAAUGGCUGGACGGCACUACAUUGGGCCUGCAAGAGGGGACAUAAGGAUUUAGCAGAAUACCUUUUAUCUUCAGGAGCUGAUCCAUCAAUAAAGUCAUGCAAAGGAGAAACUCCGGACACCGUAACAACUGACAAAGAAAUAUCACAGCUCCUUUCAACAGGAGGGGAAGCAGCCAUGAGUCCGGGAAAUGAUGAGGCCUUUCCUACUAAUCCCCAACUCCCGAUAAUUCCAAAUUACUUGAGAAACCCUCCAUUUCCUUACACUGAUACGUUAACGGAGCGUUCACUUGAUCUCACUGAUCUACAUAUAUCAGAAUCAAAAUCAAACAAUGAUUCAAAAUCUAAUCAAUCUGAAAUCAACUUUGAUGAUGCAAGUAAUGGCAGAAAUCACUCGAAAUCAAGCGUCAAUGACUCAGAAAUCACAGCGAAGGAAUCACUUAGGGUCAAAGUCCGUAUAGCUAAUAGCGGCGAGACUGAUUUCAUUGAAGUUGACGUGCAGACUCUCUCAUACAUUGACCUACUGAGGAAUAUUUGUGAAGAACUGGAAGUAUCGCCAGACGACGUAUCAAAGAUACGCAAACUACCCAACGUCCUUAUAAGGAAAGACAAGGACAUCAGUAGACUAGAGAAUGGGCAGGAGCUAGAACUGGUACUCAAAUAAUUUAUUUAUUUUUUAAAACAAUGAUUAUUGAUAGUAUAAACAA